GGCGAGCUAGCCUCAUUUUGUUUGACAAUACUUCGAAAUUCAACAAGAAGUGCUGUCACCCAACAUCGCUUAGAACACCUUUAUGUAACGUUUCAUUUAGGGUUGAUUUAUACAUGUUUGCCAAAAGUCAAAUAUAUUUUUCUAGAUUUUGUAAACUAAAGUUGAAUAAGCAGAGAGUUUUAAUCGAGUCAGUAACUGUCUUCUCUUUACUGUUACUGAUGAUACAAUGCAGUAUUUUAAUAAAUAUGUUUUAAAACUGCAUUCAUUUUAUGUUUUUGGUACUGAAAAUAAGUUUCUACAUAGACUUUCUGGCACAGACAUAGUAUAAAUGUGAACCCUUUUUGUAAAAUAGAUAAUGUUCUGUCAGAUAGAAACUAAUAAGUGUUGGUUCUUGGGCCUCUUCUAAAGGUUCAGAAAGUCAAGGAAAUCAAAAGCUGAAAGAGAGAUGGUGAUAUGCUCCUCUUACAAACAUUCAGCAACUUGCAAAAGAGAGACUUUGAGGAAGUAACACGUCUCUCAUUACAGGAAGUAGAUUCUUUAUUUUUAACAUGCAUCAGUUCAGUGUCUCUGACAGUUGACAGCUGAGAAAGGGACAGAAAGAGAGAGAAGCACGAUGGCUGAAUUCAAAUGGAUUAAAAUGUCUUUAUUUGGGAUGCUGCUUCAGUUUACAGCAGUUACUGGACAACACCUCUCCACUGUCAGAGAUGGCGAUGAUGUCACUUUGACUUGUGAAAAUGUGGUAGAUGGUCAGGUUAACUGUGACUGGACUACCUGGGUCUUCAGAGGUUCAAGAAGUGAGGACGUAGAUCUGGUUACUCGUGGGAAGAUUGUUGAAAGAGACAAAGCUAAAUCAGCCAGACUGAGUGUUAGAGAGACAUGCUCUUUGGUUAUAAAGAAGGUCACAGUUCAGGAUGUUGGUCUUUACUACUGUCGACAGCUCAAACCAGGACAAGAAGUUGCAGACACUCAGAUUGAACUAUCUGUUAUUAACAUGGAGGAAUAUGAAGAAGGUGGGCGGGUGGAGCUGUCCUGCUCUGUGUCGACACGUGAAGUGUGUAGACACACAGUGAAGUGGCUGUAUGAGGGGAAAGAUGCAGAUGGAGAUAUAAGAUACACGGAUAUGCAGACUCCACAGUCUAAGUGCUCAGUUACUGGGACUUUUUUUAUUUCUAAUCUCAAGCAGAAGUAUCAAGAGUUAUUCAAGUGUGAACUGACAGAUGGUUACACUGGAAAAGUGCAGCUGUUUCCCUUCAUCCCUCAGUCCUCAGGUAAGAAACCAGGGGAGGAUGCAACAACACCAACCACGAUCAGAAUCCCCUCAACAACACCUGCUGUCAGUGUUACUUCAUCACCACCACAAGAUUGGUGGCCGUACCUCAUUGCGGUCAUAGGUUUACUGGCUUUCGUAAUCAUCGCUGUGGCUGUCAUCAGAUGGAAGAUGACUAAAGGGGAGAAACGACAGACGGAUGACAAUGCGGGACAGAGCUUAAACUUGGCGGUGACUCAGCCCGGUCCAGAAACCAGUCAGGACACGGCUGAUCCUGAAGAUGGUGUUUCCUACGCCUCCAUCAGCUACACCAAGAAGACCAAGAGCAAAGCCCAGGUACGGGUUAGAAAUGAUGAUGAUGAUGAGGAUGAUGAAGGUGAUUCAGUGACCUACAGCUCUGUGAAAGCUUCCUCCUCUCCUGCCGGAGCCUCUGCUGAUCCCAGCGACCUCUACACCGCCGUUAACAGAGCAAACACAUAAGAGACCACAGCACCCGAGAGACAUUUUAUAGCUUUGGAUAUUCACUGGUGUGUUGGAGUAAAUAUUGGAAUCUUCACCUGUCAGCUUAACUCAUAAUGAACAGAUCUCUAAAACCUUCACCAACCAGGGAAAUCCUCAAAGAUCAGCAAUCUCCAAAGUUCAUUUUCAUAAACCGAUUUCUUUUCAGUAACAAUCCUUUAAGCUGGAAGCUCUGACUGUUGACCACGAUUAGAACUAAACUGUGAUAGUUCUAACUGCUGAACAUGAUUCUGUUGUCCUCUGUUCUCUGUUGUGUUGUUGUUUUUAAAUCAUGCUUUGUAUUUUCUGUGAAAAUAUUUUGUUAACAGAAGGUAAUGCUUACACCAGAGGCCUGUACUACGAAGCAGGAUUUAGCGUUACUUUAUUUAGCGAGCUAACUUCAGGUUCAACCGAGGGUUUUCUGUAUCACGAAGGUGGAUCAGUUGUUAUCGGGUUCA